CAAGUAACAAAGGCUGCUGCCCUGUCUUGUCUACCACCUGAGGUGUUGCUUCAAGACUUUUUGCUUAAGCUCCCCAGUCCAAUAAGCCCUUCAGCACUGGCUGUAAGGCUGAGGGUGGAAAGGUGGUGUGGCGCUGCAGGCCAAGGCAAAAGCCACAGGCAGGGGUGGGAUUAUGUCAGAAUGCUGGUACUGGUAAAAAUGACAUGCAUGGCAUUGACUGCUGCUGGGGCUAAUGAAAAGGAUGAAUGGACUGCUUAAACAACAGGUGAGAUGGAAACUCUCUUAACUGUGGACCGGAGGCUAACUCAAGCCCAACAAACUAGAACUGAACAUCCCAGGAGCAACUCUUCCAGUGCCUACCCCAUGUUAACCCAGGGGCAACUAGUAACCACAAUUUGAGUUCAACCGUUGACCACCCAAGGAUCUUUGCCAGCUAUCAGUCAAGAAAAUACCUCACGUUUGCCCUUACCAGGAUCUACCCCCAGGAGGGACACAUCACAAAAUGGUGCUGGGACUGGCAGGUGAUGCUAGUGAGGAGGACCACCCCCAAGUCUGUGCCAAGUGCUGCGCUCAAUUCACUGACCCAACUGAAUUCGUCGCCCACCAGAACGCAUGUUCUACCGAUCCCCCUGUUAUGGUGAUAAUUGGGGGCCAGGAGAACCCCAACAACUCUUCGACCGCUUCUGAACCCCGGCCUGAAGGCCGCAAUAGUCCCCAGGUCAUGGAGGCAGAGCACGGCAACCCCUCGGAUUCCGGGUCCUCUGUACCCACAGAUCCCACCUGGGGCCCAGAGCGGAGGGGAGAGGAGUCUUCCGGGCACUUCCUUGUCGCUGCCACAGGUGUAGGCAGCGGCCACUUGAACAUCCCUCUGAUCUUGGAAGAGCUCCGGGUGCUGCAGCAGCGGCAGAUCCAUCAAAUGCAGAUGACUGAGCAAAUCUGCCGCCAGGUGCUGCUGCUUGGUUCCUUAGGCCAGACGGUUGGCACCCCUUCCAGUCCCUCAGAGUUACCUGGGACAGGGACUGCCUCCUCCACCAAGCCCCUUCUUCCCCUCUUCAGCCCCAUCAAGCCCGUCCAAACUAGCAAGACACUGGCACCUUCCUCCACCUCCUCCUCCUCGGGGGCAGAAACACCCAAACAGGCUUUCUUCCAUCUUUAUCAUCCACUAGGGUCACAGCACCCUUUUUCUGCUGGAGGGGUCGGGCGAAGCCACAAACCCACCCCUGCCCCAUCCCCAGCCCUGCCAGGCAGCACAGAUCAGCUGAUUGCCUCACCUCAUCUGGCAUUCCCAGGCACCACGGGACUAUUGGCCGCCCAGUGUCUUGGGGCAGCCCGGGGCCUCGAGGCUGCUGCCUCCCCGGGUCUCCUAAAGCCAAAGAAUGGAGGUGGUGAGCUGGGCUAUGGGGAAGUGAUGGGUCCCUUGGAAAAACCCGGCGGACGGCACAAAUGCCGCUUCUGUGCCAAAGUAUUUGGCAGUGACAGUGCCCUGCAGAUCCACCUGCGUUCGCACACGGGCGAGCGGCCCUAUAAGUGUAAUGUCUGUGGCAACCGCUUUACCACACGUGGCAACCUCAAAGUGCAUUUCCACCGGCAUCGGGAGAAAUACCCCCAUGUGCAGAUGAACCCUCACCCGGUACCAGAGCAUCUAGAUUACGUCAUCACCAGCAGUGGCCUGCCCUAUGGUAUGUCAGUGCCACCAGAGAAGGCUGAGGAGGAGGCAGCCCUGCCAGGUGGAGGUGUGGAACGCAAGCCUCUGGUGGCCUCUACCACAGCACUCAGUGCCACAGAGAGCUUGACUCUGCUCUCUACCGGUGCAGGCACAGCUACGGCCUCUGCACUCCCUGCUUUCAAUAAGUUUGUGCUCAUGAAAGCGGUCGAGCCAAAGAGUAAAGCUGAUGAAAAUACCCCACCAGGGAGUGAGGGCUCAGCCAUCGCCGGGGUGGCAGAGAGUGGCACAGCAACCCGCAUGCAGCUCAGUAAGCUGGUGACUUCACUACCCAGCUGGGCACUGCUUACCAACCACUUUAAGUCCACCGGGAGCUUCCCUUUCCCUUAUGUGCUUGAGCCCUUGGGGGCUUCCCCCUCUGAGACAUCAAAGCUGCAGCAACUGGUGGAAAAGAUUGACCGUCAAGGAGCCGUGGCAGUAGCUUCUACUGCCUCGGGAGCUCCCACCACCUCGGCCCCUGCAACUUCAUCCUCAGCCUCAUCUGGACCUAACCAGUGUGUCAUCUGUCUGCGGGUGCUGAGCUGUCCUCGAGCACUGCGCCUGCAUUACGGCCAACAUGGAGGCGAGCGGCCCUUCAAAUGCAAAGUGUGUGGCAGAGCUUUCUCCACCCGGGGCAAUCUGCGUGCACAUUUCGUGGGCCACAAGGCUAGUCCAGCUGCCCGGGCCCAGAACUCCUGUCCCAUCUGCCAGAAGAAGUUCACCAACGCUGUCACUCUGCAGCAGCAUGUUCGGAUGCACCUGGGGGGCCAGAUCCCCAAUGGUGGUACCACGCUCCCUGAAGGCGGGGGAGCUGCCCAGGAGAAUGGCUCUGAGCAAUCUACAGUCUCUGGAGCAGGGAGCUUCCCUCAGCAGCCAUCCCAGCAGCCAUCUCCAGAAGAGUUGUCUGAAGAGGAGGAGGAGGAGGAAGAAGAAGAGGAAGAUGUGACUGAUGAAGAUUCCCUAGCAGGGAGAGGCUCUGAGAGUGGGGGUGAGAAGGCAAUAUCGGUGCGGGGUGAUUCAGAAGAGGCCUCUGGGGCAGAAGAAGAAGUGGGGACUGUGGCAGCUGCGGCUACAGCUGGAAAGGAGAUGGACAGUAAUGAGAAAGUGAUUCAACAGCCUUCUCUGCCACCACCCCCACCACCUGACAGCCUGGAUCAAACACAGCCAAUGGAGCAGGGAAGCAGUGAUGUGGCCAGAGGCACAGAAGAGGUGGGCAAGCCAGAAAGGAGUUCCAGCCCGGCAUCAGUGAUGGCCCUGGAAGGGGAAGGCAGCAGCACCACCUUGGUGGAGGAGCUGAGCCUGCAGGAAGUGAUGAGAAAGGAGCCAGGAGAGAGCACUAGCAGAAAGGCCUGUGAGGUGUGUGGCCAGACCUUUCCCACCCAGGCAGCUCUGGAGGACCAUCAGAAGACCCACCCCAAGGAGGGGCCACUCUUUACUUGUGUUUUCUGCAGGCAGGGCUUUCUCGAGCGGGCUACCCUCAAGAAGCAUAUGCUGCUGGCUCACCACCAGGAUGUAGCUUUCCUGUCAAGUGACCUGCCCACCAAGCCCCAGAGUUCCAGCUCCAUCUCCAUCUCCACUACCACUUCAGGCCCCGCACCACCAGUGCUCUUUGGCCCAGGAACUGUGGCUGGGAAGUUGCCUCCAGCAGUGGGAUCCAGAGAAGCCAAGGAGAAGAGAGCCCCCCUCUUCCUCUUUUGGCCUCUUGCAUCCAAGACAGUGCCUGAGAAGCCCAACACAGAAGAGAAGUAGCAAACUGUACAUUCCUUCUCCUUCCCCUGCUCCAGAAGGUGCCAACAAUGAAGAUGAAAUACUAUCUGUAUCUGGUGGCUCAGCCCCAGGGGGUAGGGAGAAAUGAAGGACACUCUUCCAAGCAGUAAGGCACUUAGUCACAUUAAGGCAAAGGUGUUGGCCAGUUAAUAUGCAAAGAUAUUUCAAACUUCUCAUAUCCUUCAUCUUUGCCUCUCAAAAUUAGGAAACUGGUGGAUUUCUUGCCAAGAAGUCUCCCUUGGGAUAUUUGGGGAAGGAAAGGUAAAGUUCAUAUCUUUAACAGGCAUUGUUGAUGAGGGUCAUUGAAGGAAUAAUGGAGAGUUGAGGUGUGUUGCUAAAGCAUAGGACUUGCUGAGAACCAAUGUGAUUAAGAAAGGGGCCUAAUGUAAGGGAGGGGACCUCAAAUUCUUGUUUGGAUGGGUGUCAUGAAUGUUCUUUUGGACUAAUGGUGACUUAGUGUGCAGCAAUGCACCAUGGAUCAUGGGGAAUUUCCUAGCACUAGCGUGCUUCUAGUUUUAGAUAACUCCCACCUUUAGUCCCUGGCCCCUUGUAUUUUCCUCUCUUCCUCUCUCAAGGACCACUUCCUCCCCAUUUUGCCUGUCCAUGGACUGGGGCUUAUGUCUUUGCACUGUCUGGUUCUUAGUGUCCCAGACUCUGGGAGAUGAGCUCCAAAUGCUGUCCUCCCUGCCUCGUCCUGUAACGAGAUAUAGUAUUUACUCUUAACAUAGGAUCAUUUGAAACAGGAGUUCUGAGGAGGAGAGAGUGAGGGUUCUGCUAUUGACUGACUUGAGAGGUGGCUUCUCCUCCAAAGGUGUAGGCUCCAGAGUUUCCUAACAUAGUAAAUGUAAAGAGCAGAUAAGGGAAAUAAUAGUGUCUUUCUCUUUUCAUUAAAGGUGUUUUAACCAAA